AUGUUGAGGGACAUGGACCAGCUCCCGCUCGACCUCGCCAACCCUCUCGACCUCGACCAACUCGAUCAACACGAACUCCACCUCCAGCUCAACCAGCUCGUCGACGACCUCACGUCCGACCCGGCCGCCGUCACCGAACAACACUGCUUCGACCAGGUCGCAUCCUUCCUCCAAGGCGCACAGCACCUUCCUGGACCCGCCCUCUCCAAGCUCUUCGACGCCCUCACCUCGAGCUUCUCGGCCCUCCUCGAUCUCGUGCGCCAGUCCGACACCAGCCCGACCGACCACACCGCCUACCGCGCCCACCGCCACGCCCUCGAGGCCCAUGCCCUGUUCGCCAUGUGGAGCGUCCAGGUCGGCGAGAAGGCGGCGGCGGCCCAGGCGGCGCUCGAUGGAGAGACGGGCACGGGCAAGGGUCGCAAGAAACCCGCCGCCAAGAGCAAGGCCAAGGGCAAAGGCGCGCGCGACGCGUUCUCGUGGGUCGACCAGGUCCCGGACGUCCUCGGCGUCAUGGUCAAGGCGUUGCGCACGCUGCGCACCGAGCGCAUCUGGCAGACGACGGCCGAGCGCGACAGCGUCAUCUCCAACUGCUUCUUGCGCCCCGUCAACCUCCUCGCCGAGACCGAGGCGUACCUCAAGGUGCCCGAGAUCAAGGCCGGCAUCUUUCGCGUCAUGUGCCUCGCCGCAAAGGGUCACGGUCAAGCCUUCAACGUCCAGAUGACCAUCAUGCAGAACCUCCAGUACACCGAGCACCUCGCCGAGCCCAUGGCCGAGCUCGUCACCGUCUACGCCAAGGAGUUCGACCAGGACGUCCUCGGCGAGAAGGUCCUCGGCGAGAUUGCCGACCGCCAGUUCAACGCGCAGGACACCAAGGGCCCGAGGUCGUUCUCCAAGUUCCUCAUCCGGCUCGCCGAGACGAGCCCACGCAUCGUCCUCAAGCAGAUCGUCCUCUUGCAGAAGCACCUCGACAGCGAGUCGUACCCGAUGCGCAACGCCAUCCUCGAGGUCCUCGGCCUCCUCCUGCGCGAGCUGUCCCUCACCGAGUCGGGCGCCCUCUCGCUCGAGCCGGCCCAGCACACGCGCCUCCUCACGUCGUUCCACGCACUCCUCACCGAGCGCCUCCUCGACCUCAACUCGUACGUGCGCGCCAAGGCCGCCUCGGUCCUGCGCGACACGUGCUCGCUCCCGGCGCGCGUCCCCUCGCUCCGACUCGAGCUCGCGCGCCUCGCGGCGAGGAGCCUCCACGACAAGGCGGCGAGCGUGCGGCGCAACUGCCUCGCCCUCUUGACGCGCCUCGUCCUCACGCACCCGUACGGCCGCAUGCACGGCGGCGAACUCGCGCUCGACGAGUGGCGCGCGCGCCUCGCCAAGCUCGAGGACGAGCUCAAGGUGCUCGACCUGCCCGACGAGGCCGAGCGCGAGGCGAGGCGCCUCAUGGACGGCGUGCCCGAGGGCGAGGACGAGGGCGACGAGAGCGAGGACAAGGAGGGCGACGAGGAGAACCCGGCGGCCGAGAAGGACGAGGACGACGACGACGACCACGGCCCCGACUCGGACGAGGACGGCACGCCCAAGAAGCGUCGUUCUUCGGCCGUCAAGGCGGGGCGCAAGCGCGCUCCUCGCCGGUCGCAGCUCGAUCUCGCAGCCGCCGACCAGUCGGUCGUGCUCGCCCAGGUCGAUGGCGACACGCUCCAGCGGCUGCGCCUCACCAAGGCCUACUACGUCGACGCCAUCAGCUUCAUCGAGGCGCUCGAGGGCGCCAUGGACACGGUCACCGAGCUCCUCGCGUCGAGCGUCAAGAGCGAGGUCCUCGAGGCGAUCGAGUUCUGCCGCGUCGCCAAGGAGUACCGCCUCGAGGCCGCCGAGCAGGGCGUCCGCCGCAUGCUCCACCUCAUCUGGACCAAGGACGACGCGCCAGCUUCGGCGGCGGCGGCGUCGGGCGCGGGCGCGCAGGGCGACGGCGGCGAGGACGGCGAGCGCGAGGUCAAGGGGAUCCGCAGUCGGCUCAUCGAGUGCUACUCGCAGCUCUACUUUGAGCCGCCCGAGAACCUGAGCGACAAGGACCAGGUCGCGUUCGUCGCCCGCAACGUCAUCGAGCUCACCCGAGACGCCACGCUCGCCGAGCUCACGUCGCUCGAGCAGCUCCUCGCCGUCAUGAUGGCCAAGAGCGUCGUCGACGACGAGGUCAUCACCAAGCUCUGGCAGGUCUACAGCACGUCCAAGGACAUCCCCAAGUUCCAGCGUCGCGGCGCCAUCAUCGUCCUCGGCAUGUUCGCCCAGACCAAGCCCGAGGUCGUCGCCGACCACGUCGAGACACUCCUCCGCAUCGGCCUCGGCCCGCUCGGCCGCAAGGACCUCGUGCUCGCCAAGUACACGUGUAUCGCUCUCGGCAGGGUCGGCGGCAGCGUCAAGAAGGUCAAGGGUUCGCUCAACGACGCCCAGGUGCGGCUCCCGAUGGACAGCGCCGUCUUUUCUCGCCUGUCCGACACGAUCCAGGCGCCGUCAUCGUCGCGCGAGUGGUUCAGCAUGGCCGAGCAGGCGCUCAACACGGUCUACACGCUCGGCGACCAGCCCGACAAGCUGUGCUCCGAGGUCUUGCGCCGCAUGACGGUGCGCGUCUUUGGGCCCAAGGCCGGCGCGACCCCGGCGGCGCACGUCGAGGCGCACGAGGGCGACGGCGAGCCGGCCAAGAUGGACGAGGACGUCGACGAGAACGAGGGCGAGCCUGCGCCAGCGGCCGACGCCGACGCCGACGCCGAGAUGGUCGACGGCGACGAGGCGGCAAACCAGCCGCAGCCGGCGCCGCAGGGCUCGCCGUCGACGGGCAACGCGUUCGAGCUGUCGCAGCUCCUCUUUGUCGCCGGCCACUGCGCCAUCAAGCAGCUCGUGCACCUCGAGCUCGUCGAGCGCGACCUCAAGCGCCGCAAGGCCGACGACGACAAGUCCAAGGGCGGCAAGAAGGCCGGCGACGACGAGCUCGACCAAGUUGCGGGCUCGGUCGAGGACGACAUCGGCGACGUGAUCGCCGCGUCGCGCGAGAAGGAGCUCCUGUACGGGCCCGACAGCCUCCUCGCCGUCUUUGGCCCCAUGGCCUCGACCGUCGUCGCGCAGCCCAAAAUCUACAAGAACCCGAUGCUGCAGACGGCCGCCACCCUCGCCCUCAGCAAGUUCAUGUGCGUCAGCGCCGAGUUCUGCGCCGAGCACCUCAUGCUCCUCUUCAAGGUUCUCGAGACGUCCAAGGAGCCGGCCGUCAGGAGCAACAUCGUCAUCGCGCUCGGCGACAUCGCCGUCUGCUUCUCGACGAUCAUGGACGAGAACUCGGACCGCCUGUACGCCGGCCUGCACGACAAGGACCUCACCGUCAAGAAGAACACCCUCAUGGUCCUCACGCACCUGAUCCUCAACGGCCAGAUCAAGCCCAAGGGCCAGCUCGGCGAGAUGGCCAAGUGCCUGUCGGACGACGACAAGCGCAUCAAGGACCUCGCCCACCUGUUCUUCGAGGAGCUGUCGACCAAGGACAAGGCCAUCUACAACAACCUGCCCGACGUCAUCUCUCACUUGUCGACUGGCGCCAACCCUGUCGACGAGGACACGUUCCAAACGUCGAUGAAGUUCAUCUUCAAAUUUGUCGACAAGAAGAAGGAGGCCGAGUCGAUCGUCGAGAAGCUGUGCCAGCGGUUCCAGACGACGAACCAGCCUCGCCAGUGGCGCGACAUCGCCUUCUGCCUGUCGCUCCUCCCGUUCAACUCGGACACGGCCGUCAAGAAGCUCGUCGAGGGCGUCCCGUUCUACCAGGACAAGCUCCACGAGGAGACCGUGUACAAGCGCUUUGGCGAGAUCCUCACCAAGAUCCGUGCGCCGACGAACAAGCUCAACCGCACCGAGUCGGACCUCAAGGAGUUCGAGGACGCGCUCGAGGCUCACCGGGCCAAGGGCGCCGAGGACCAGGACCUGCAGCGCAAGGUGCAGAAGUCGCGUGCUCGAGGCGGUGCGCGAGGCGGUGCGGCGGCAGCCAAGGCGUCGGCCGCAGCGGCGGCGAGGGCCGCCAAGGCGUCGGGCUCGGGAGCUGCGCCGGCGAGGAGGGGCGGACGGCGUGCGGCGGCGAGCAAGGCUGCCGCGAGGAUGCAGAGCGAGACGCCGCCGAGCUCGCCAGAGCGAUGA